AUGGUGAAAUAUCUGGUUGAAAAUGACGCUGAUGUAAAUGGCAAGAAUACUAACGGUGAGACAGUCUUGCACGCUGCUGUCGAUGCUGGUGCAUUGGAAAUUGUCACGUAUUUACUUGAACAGGGUGCUGACAUAACUCUGAAAGGUAAAAUCAGUGUUCAUACUCUUGGCAUUGACAUCCUCAAGAUGGCUGUUCGGAAAAAUUCAGUUGUUUUGGUCAAUCUUCUGUUGCAAAAGAACAUGGCUGUGUGGAGAGCUGGAACAUUUCUUGUUGAAGGCAAGCAAAUGAGUCUUCUUGAAUGGAGUAUUCACCUUGGUCAUGAUGAAAUUGCAACUAUCCUCAAAAGGUCCAUAAAACAUCGUGAGAAACUUGAAAUAUUGAAAACAAUGAACUGCAACCAGUUAGAAAAGGUUGAAACACCGAUGCAGGCUUUUGUCGCAAAGAAUCAAUUCAAAAUUGGCGGUGGUGGUUUUUCUUGUGUCUAUGUUGGUCUCAUGAAGGAUGGAAGUGAAGUUGCUGUUAAGAGAAUCUUGGUUCAAAGUGAGGAUGAAACAGUUGAAAACGAAAACGAAAUCAUGAGUCUCAUGGAAACAAACAACUCUCCAUUUAUAGUGAAAUAUCGACAUUUUCACCGUGACGAUACCUUCAUGUAUCUUAUUGUUGAUCUUUGCGAAGAAACUUUGAGGGAACUUGUUCAAGCAUGCAGUAUUGAACAUCUACAAGAGCACGGUCCACGAAUGAUUAAGGAAAUUUUAUCAGGACUCGAGUUUCUUCAUGGUAAAGGAAUAUUGCACAGAGAUCUAAAACCAUCAAACGUCCUGGUUGAUAUCGAAGGUCGCAUGAAAUUGGCAGAUUUUGGAAUAAGCCGCGUUCUAAAAGACGAUGACACGACAGUUGAAACAUUUGCGAAAGGUACUCCUGGAUGGAUGCCACCGGAAGUAAUUGAAGCAAUAGACAAAAACGAAAAGAGUCGUUUCAAAACGAAAUCAGAUGUUCAGGUCGCGGGUAUGAUUGCUUUUUACGUCUUAACUAAAGGUGAACACCCUUUCGGAACUAAGUUAGAUCGAAUGAAAAACAUUUCAAUAGGAAACUCUGUCAGUUUGGAGAAACUUGGUGAUCGCGAAGCUCGUAGGUUUGUGUCGUGGCUGAUUAAUCACAAGAUUCAUGAUAGACCUUAUGCUCACGAAGCACUGAGAGAUUCUUUCGUUAAUGCAGAAUCAGUUCUGUAA